CUGAAGGCCAAUGUACAAUAGACGUAGCCAAUUAAUGUCAGAAUUUGAUUACUCACAUGUUGGGUAGACCUUGAUUGCAAAAAGUGCUCGUCUGUUAUAUACACUCUACCCAUCACAUAGGUAUUCUUCAGUAUCCAGUACUUACAUGAUGCAUCGUUCGGACUACUAAGAUCCCAGGUAUUUGUCGCUCACUCCCACCCACAGGCUAGUUAUUCCAAGUCGGAAAGCUCAGAUCCCUGAGCUUUGUCCCAUUUACUAUCACACACACAUUUUCAAGCCAGUGUCCCAGAAUAUCAACGCUGGUGUCUCCUUUGAAGCGACACACGCAAUUCAUAGACAGUGGCUGGUGUACAUUUACAUGGGACUUGACAACGAAAAUUGAAGGCGAGAGUCAUCAAACACCUGACCAAAUGUGUCACGUGUUGCGCGACAGUGGGGCUACGACACCGAAAUUUUAUUGUCCACCUUGCGUGGCGAGUGCGAGGGCCAAGUUCAGCCACAAAAACAAGAGAAGAAUGCCACACGGAAGAGGAACAAUGUCCUUAUUUGUUGUAAACAUACUAUAAACAGACAUCAACUUGCAAGCGCGUGUUGAACGCUUUGCCCUCGGAUCUGAAUGCACCCCGACCCUUCGACGCGACUUUGAGCUCACCAACUUUAUCCUCUGCCACCAUCCGUCGAAACUCCCGAGUGCAAACCUUGUUGCUAUUGCAUGUCAUUUGCGGGCACACCUUUAGGUCAAGGCAGACGUCUCGAUCACAACGCUUUUCUGGGCAAACCACAAUCUUCGCGUCUCAACAGUCAUACCUCUUACGCCUACGGGGCACCAGCAUUAGGCUCGCGGUCUCCACCCAAACCGCCUCGCCCCGAAGAUCAGAGCGAAGGCGCACUCAAAUUGCGACGCGGCACAUCCCACACUUCCGAUAAUCAAUCUCAGCCACUCGAGCCCGAGAAGUGGAGCGUCAAGGACACCUCGGUUAACAUCGCAGCAGCCUUCCACCAGGCUGCGACUGACAUGCAGCCCAACAAUGCCUGGGCGUCCGGGACGUCACGCACCCAAACCCAAGUCCCUCGGAGCACAUCCGUCGAAUACGAAUCACAAUCACAAUCUGCUAGUGCGCGCAGGCUCGCGGCACCACCCAGCAGAGGCAACAUUCGACCCCCAGCGUCUCGCACUAACCCCAAGCCCCUCUCCAAGAACACCUCCUUGCGGAGCGUUCCAGACUCUGAAGGCGAGGAAGACACCUCCGCGGACGUCAGUAACCGCGACAGCACGCCGUUUGGCCAAGUCAUGGGCGCUGCUAAGCGGGCCAUCAUGCCAGCGGCGAACAGUGUCGUCUAUUACGCACGAGCCCGUUCGACAGAGCCCGAUGCCCCGGUCUCGGUGAACGGCAGCUACGACUACUCGGCCGAGGAGCGUGUCGUGCAAAACCUGAGCACCCGCUCAUCCGCGAGUCACAAGCGCAACCGAAUGUCUACGGACAACAAGGCGUACAAGCCCUCGACGUCUGACCUGGAGGAAUCAGACGAGGAGUUCACCGAUGAUGAUGGGAAGAAGAAGCGGAAAAAGAAGAAAAAGAAGGAGGCGGGGGGAGGACCGCUGACGACCCUUCCUGUGGCCGGAUACGAUAAGAGGAGGAAAAAGAAGAGGACGGCCAAGGGCGGAAAUGCCGAGGAGGAGGACGAGCAAGGCUCUGGGAGUGACUCUCAGCAUACUGAACGGCAGUCGAUUGUCAAAGCGCCCUCACUAAGGCGCUCGGUUCCGCCUGAAUAUCUAGAGCCUGUCCCCGACACCUCGUUCGAGGACGCCGAGCAGGGUCUUCAUUCCAUUCCCGAGGUCGACGAGGAAGAUGUUAGAGCCUCCGCUCCUCCACGAUCUCGAUCUCGAUCUCGAUCCAGAGCACCAUCCACUGGACCGCGAGGGUCUCACUUCAGUAUCGGUGCUGUCCUGGGCAAGAUUAUCUUCUCCCUCUUCAACAUUUUCGGGCGUGUCAUGGGCACUGUCGUGGACCUCAUUCUGAUACGACCACUACGCUGGGUAGCCAACAAUCCCAUACUCCAAGUUCUGCUUAUCGCCGCUAUCGCCUUUGUCGCAUCUCAGUUUGUACCCAAUUUCGGGCUGCGCAUGCCGUGGGGAGGCAGCCCAGUCUAUCAACCUUCUGAUGUCCCAGCGAGCACAAUCGCAGAGAUAGCUGAACGGCUCAGACGGAUGGAGCUUGCGCUUUCUGGCCUGUCUUUGGACUCGGAAAGAACGCGGGCCAAGUUGGAUGACGAGCUGCGUGUCCAAACGGAGCUAGCCACCAAGUUCGGUUCCUUGGAGACACGCGUGGAGAAGGAAAGUGCCAGGACCCAUGAAGCUGAAAACGCUGCACGAGAUGCCACCGGCCACAGCCUCAAGACGAUGAAGAAGGACAUGGAAACGAUGCAGGCUCUGUUGCAAGCGGUGCAAGGCCAGAGUCAGCAACCGCACGCUGGAACGGUCACCGUCGAGCACGACGUCGAGGCUCGCGCCAAACUGAAGAUUCUCGAAGACCGCGUCGGAUCUGUCGAAGGCGGGGUGAGAGACGCGAUGGAUCUGGCCAAGAAGUCCGCGACCAAUCCCGGAUCGGGAUCGCCAGCGUCAACUGGCUGGUGGAACAAGGCUACUGGUAAAGGCGGAAUGACCAUCAAGAGCUCAGAUGGCCAGGAUGUGACUGCUCUGAUCUCCGAUCUCGUCACGAACGCAGUGGGAUUGUAUGGCAAGGACAACCUUGCCAGGAAGGAUUUCGCGCUGUACUCGAGUGGGGCACAGGUCAUCCCUUCGCUGACAUCGGAAACCUACCAGUUGCGACCUCAAUCAUUGCGCGGAAAGAUCGUCGGUACUAUCACGGGAAAUGGCUACCUUCUCGGUCUUCCGCCAGUCACAGCGCUCCAUUACGAUAUCCAUGACGGCCAUUGCUGGCCAAUCCACGGGAGCUCUGGCAAGAUUGGUGUCAAACUUGCAGCCCCCGUCCACAUCCAAGACUUCACAAUUGAUCACGUCGCGGCGGAGAACUCGAUCAAUCAGCGGACCAGUGCUCCCCGUGAUAUGGAAGUCUGGGCACUGGUCGAAGGUGCAGAUAAUCUCGCCAAGCUCAAGGAGUGGCGUGAUGAGCGGGUCGCCCGUCGCGAAAUGGGAGAGAACCUGGAGGAGGAACCUGUUCGGCCGAAAGACAUGCCCAGAUACCCCGAAUAUAUCCGAAUCGCGACGUUCCGAUACGAUGUCCAUGCCGCCAGCAACAUCCAGACCUUCUCGAUGGACGAGGAGAUCCGGGGACUGGAGAUGGACUUUGGCAUUGUUGUCUUGCGGGUCAUGAACAACUGGGGUCACGAGCAUUUCACUUGUUUGUACCGUUUCCGCGUGCACGGCCAAAUGCGGGGCGAUUCUCCAGCUGUAUAUCCAGAAGACGAUCUGGCCUAACCUUAUUUUUUUCGCGUAUUGGUGCCAUCUGUGCAUGUAUUUUCUACUGACCGCAUCGCAUCCAGUCUGUUGCAUACACUCGCUCGCUCUCACAUUGUGCUUCUAGUAGUAGUAGUCAUUAGUCUUAUCACUAUUCUUUACUUACAAUUCAAUGCUUUGGAAUCUCUCAGUCAAUCAUAAAUCUUCAUGUCACUGUCCAUGUGUCCGUUUCCCCAGAAACCGUGCACAGAAGGGAUGCACCGGGCCAAAAGAUGCAUUGUACUCAGCGGGAUUUCAGAGCCACCCUGCCAUACCCCGAUGUCUUGGAGAUCCCAAGACGACAUCGGUUGUUCCUGCAUCUCAUUGAACAGAGUCUAUAGGUUUGCUCAGGCAACUGGGGAGGGUUUAUUAGGGAGACUGCUUACUUCUACCGCAGCUCGGUGCGGAUGAGAACCUCCGACAUAGAGCGACAAACUCUUCAAGCCAGGCAGACUUUUCUCAAGGAGCCGGAAGAGCUCCACGUCCCAAAUACGCACAUUCAAUCGAAGUGUGCGCAGACCAUAGAGAGGGCCAACGAGAGACUGCACCUCCCCGAGAGUCAAAUACCGGUCCUUCACAGCCAGCGACCUAAGUGUGCCGGCCGAGCGCCCGACAUACAUCAUCAAAGCAGUGAAGCCGGCCGCGUGCGUCGUGGGAUAGAUAAAGAGCGAGUCCAGAUCGCUGAGCACGGUUGGCUGUGCAGAGUGCGAUGCGAACCACUCCGCAAGGGCAUUCUCUAUGCCUGGGUCCAUCGCACUUCCAGCCGGGUUCAGCCGCAGCUCGAUCAUCUCCAACGUCCUCGCGUUGUCUUCAAGAAGGCGCGUCAACCCCGUCGGGUCAGGGAACGCCUUGUUGAACGGUGCCCGCAAAUGAAAUCUGCGGAGUUUCGGGAAAGCGCCCAGGUGGAGGAACAGUGUCGAUAGAUCGAGGGUCGACCAGGACCAGAUCCGGAGCGAUUCAAGCUGAGUCGCCAGGCCGUUUAUGAAGGGCGCAACGGAGUUGACAAGGAUAUCGGUCACUGCCGCGCUAGCCAUCGUGUCCAGCUCGCGCGUAAACUGCAAGCCGAGGUGUUUGCAUGAAAAUAGCCUUGGUUCUGAGGACGUGAACUGGUAGAACGUCUGGUCAUGUGUAAGUCAGUACGGUGUACUACCACAUAUGUUUUGAGUGGCUCAACUUACCUCGGGCCGCCCCGCGAUCGACAUGCUCACCAGUCGCUCCCCGAACGCGGUCCACGCAGUCCGGAAGAAUGGCUGCAGGUCCAUCUCCGGCGGGAUAUCCCACGUUUCAAUCUCGAAUCAACCACUCUGGUGCUACACGCGUCAUAAACGAGAGAAAUCUCCGUAUUGUCGCUCGUGCAUUGUGAGGUGGACCAGUGGGCGCGAGCGGGAGUGUGGGCGGCCGGACAACCAGUCUGCGCACGCGCCGGGCGACAACAGGAUCUCUGUCAGAGGUCAACUCGAACGCAACCUUCGGAUUCGCGGCGACAAGACGCACUUCAGACGCUCGAUAAGCCUGAAAGUGCGAUGGUCUAUCGACUCAAUCCGAAUGCUCCCAUACCUGGCAUCCAGAUAGUAGUUGUAGAAUUGGAAGUUGACGCCCGGUAUGAGCUCGGGGACGGGUAUGAACGACAGAAUAUGCAGAAUCACUUCCGAUGGUAGUUCUGGCAUUUACGCCGCUGGUGGAAGAGCAAGGUGGAAGUCUAGCAUAGCUGGCUGAC